AUGCAUGUCUCAAGACACCAUCGGAGCACAUCCGCUGACUCGGGCGUAAAUUUCAACGUCCCCCCACCAGUGUCUCACACGCAGCGGCAACCACAACCGCAGGUGCAAACCCGAACGCAGCCACCCGAGCGCCGCCGCGACGGGUGCACGGAAUGUCGCCGGAAGAAAGUCAGAUGUGACCUCGCGACACCGGUAUGCUCGCGAUGUACGCGGUAUCCCCGCGAAUGCAAAUAUGUUUCGAGGUUUGUUGCCAUGACCGGUGGGAAGAGUGAGGCGCGGCAGGCGGGACAGCAACGGCGCAAAAGUCCCGAGAUCUGUAGCCGGGUUGGGGCUGCGGCUCCGAGAGAGAUUGCAAGUCAGAGGGAGAAUAUCGAGGAAAGUACGAGUGUCACGCCGUCAACGUACAUGGCCCGUCUGCAGGCGAAAAUGUCCAUCCAGGCCAUCGUCUCCGAAACAACGACGGUCGUCUUCCCGCUCGCCUCGCAGACCUUCUUAGACCGACUACUCUCUUCUGCAAUGGAGACUCCGCAUCUCCUCUUUGCAAUCCUCGCCACUUCAGACAGCCACGCGCGCCGCCGCCUACCCAUCUCAAGCCUCGAAAACACAACACUAGACUACACCAACAAUGCCAUCUCGGGCCUCCGCGCCGCCCUCUCCAACGAGCGGAAUUCCCAUCGCGCAGUGGAAAUGGCCAUGACGGCCAUGGCGCUGUGCACGAAUGACGUGUGUAAUGGGAACAUUGACCUCUUCCGAGUUCAUCUGAGCGGUGUGCGCGGGAUGCUUGUUUCAGGAUUGGUAUCUGGACUGAACAAGGAUCCGUUUGCGAUGUAUCUGUUCAAGUGGUUUGCGGCGCUGGAUGUUUCGGCGGGGAUGUCGCUUUUCCAUCAGAGUACUUUGCUCCGUGGGGGGUUGUAUCGGUCGUAUCGCGCUGCACUGCCUUCUCUGGGGGAUGGGGUGGAUGAUAUCUGCGGCUACUCGCUGGAUUUGUUGCCUAUUCUCGCCGAGGUUGGAGAACUAGCGAGGGAGCGAUACACACGGCCGGACUGUCCUUGUCUGCUACAACGAGGCGAGGCCCUCGAAAGUCGGAUAGCUGCACUCCACACCACCAUCCCCAUCUCCACAAACCAGACCCUCUCCGAAAAACAACCCGAACUCCACACUGCCCACUCUGCAUUCAUCCACACAGCCCUGCUGCACCUCCGCAGACGCGUCUACCACCUCCCCAAAUCCGAUUCUCGAGUCCGAAGCGACGUCACCAACAUCCUCAACGCAAUCCGCUCGAUCCCCUCAACAUCCACCGCAAACAUCCUCCUCCUCUGGCCGAUCUUUAGCGCCGGAUGUGAGACGGAUGAGACUGCUGAGAGGGAUUUGGUCGACCGGCGGAUGGGGGUCAUGCAGGACAUGGGGAUGGGGAAUUUUACGCGGGCGAGGAGUGUCCUCAAUAGGUUUUGGGCGGCGAGGACCGAGGUGCGCUGGGAUGUUUGGUUGGCGGAGGAGGGGGUUGAUCUUGUGUUGUUUUGA